AAGGAUUUUGGGAUGCUAAAUAAAAAAGGCCUAGCUUGUAUCUUCUAAUUGGAUUAUUGUUGCGUUUGCAUGGUGACAUAUGAAUAGGUAAUGCAAUAGAAAUUGUAUUUUUGCUUAAGCUCUUUUUUUGUUUGUUUCAGAUCAAUGGACACAUUUGUCAUAAACAUUUUGACAGACUGGCAACUGACUGACCUUGUCGAAAGAUUUAAAGAGGAGGGGAUUGAUGAGGAGAGUUUUAUUCUUUUAGACGAGCCUACCAUCAACCAGCUGAUCCCAAGAGCUGGCCCUCGGCUGAAGUUCCUAAAAAAAUUUAGAGAACUUGUAAGCUCAGUUGAACCUGCUGUUGUCCCUGCUAUCCCACCUACAAUCUCUGAUGUCACACGAACUGCCACGCCUCCACACCCCAUGGAGGAUCAAGCAGCUGCUGUGAAUGGUGAUAUCGAUUUGAAUUCGUAUCACCUUUCACUUCAUAAAGUAAGAGAUCUGCAAUGUUGUCUCUUGUGUAAAUUUUCUCAGGAUGUCCGGCAGAUUCUUACAGGCUUACAUGAUGGCAAGGAAAUUGUUGAGAGCCUUGAUGAAGAUAAUGUCAUCACAGCUAGUCAGAGACGUCUCCUCGUCCGUAUCUUGGUGUCGUACCUCGUUGAGAAGUUUGGAGAGAAUCCUACAUCAGAAACCAAAAAGGCACUGGCUUUGGGUUUGGUUCAGUCAUUUGCCUGUUUGAAAGACUCAUCAAGCAGUGGCAGCGUGAGUGUUUCUUCUCUGAGGACAGACAGACGUACAGACAAAACCUGUUCUAACCGUAGCCCAUGCUGUCAGUCAAACGUGCCUCAUCUCUAUUCAUUAAAGAUUUUGAUUUCUUGGCAGGAAAUAUGGUACACCCCAGGACGGAGCCACCGGCCAGCCACUGGAUUCCUAGAGGAAAGGCUGCGGAACAUCAGGAAGCGGCUGAGAUCAUGGCACAGACGACAUCACCACAAACGCCAGAUGAUGCUGCUCUUGCAAGGCCUCUCAUACCAGCCCAUCAGCCAGGUAGAGACCUAUAUGGAAAACACGGCAGUCUACAGGGCAAAGUGGAUCAGAGAAAACAGUUGGACUAUUGAUCAAAUCCUUGAAGAGUUCCCUCGCCUAAUGACCAAAGGCAUGAUUGCACAGGACUUUCUUGUCCUACAUGGGGAAGCUGCAUCCAAGCUUUUUGAAACUUGGCUGACCAUUUAUGCAGAGAAGGUCCUGUACCUGGCAAGACAGGAGGGGAAUCUAACAUUGCCCCUGGAUGGUUUAACACCAGAUGGCGUUGGGGAACUUGCCCUGAGGCAGCUGCCAGGAUUACUCCCCCCCACAACAUACAAAGUUGGCCGUGGCCGCGGUGCGAAAGUGGUACGCCACACCAAUUUUGAAUGCAGCUUGGCCUUCGUCGAUCAUAAGGCUCCUGGAAUAAACAUGGUCGAGUACCUCCAUGAGGCCAAGGCGUCCAAGCCAUACCCCCACGUCCUGACGCUGGGGAAUGACGGUAGUGCAUCUCAGGCAUUCGUAAUAAUAUCUGGACAGGCCGUGGAGCAAGAAACACUGCUUCAGGCCAUUGAUGUCUGUUUUAAGGCAUUUUUUGUCUUUGACGUUGAAUACCCAAAACAAUGUGAGCAUGUGUGGAAAUUCAUGCAAAAUGUGAUCUAUGAAAUUCCAGGAGGGGAGUCAAAAAUGGUUACGUUUUUAAAACUAGAAUACUUGCUUGCAAGUAGCUUAAUAGCAGCUUUUAGGAAUUUUAAUUUGUUCAAAAUAGAGCUGCUGAGUGUUGGCCUGUCGAGUGUUCAACCAGUUUAAUCAAAAUUCUGGAGUUCUUCAGGUUU